AUGUCCACCAAAGCAAUCUCCCAGCUCCAAUCCGUCUUCGACCUCGUCAUCCCCGUCACCACCGUCACGGCCCUCACAAAGGACAACCUCUCCCUCAUCGGCCGGCCUGACCUGCACGCCACCAUGACCAAGGUCCAGCUGUGGUCCCUGACGCAGUUCACCCGCGUCCUCUACCUCGACGCCGACACCCUCGUCAUGUCCAACCUCGACCACCUCUUCUCCCUGCCGCUCGACAUCCCCUUCGCCGCCGCCCCGGAGAUCGGGUUCCCCGACUGCUUCAACAGCGGCGUCAUGCUCCCCCGCCCGGACAUGGCCACCUUUGCCGAGCUCACGGCCUUCGCGACGCACGUUGACUCCUUCGACGGCGGGGAUCAGGGUCUGCUCAACGUCUUUUUUGGUGAUGGCACGCGGAACCACCCGUCGACGCUGCUGCUGAAGAAGUCCAAGGGUGGGCCGGGGAAGGAAGCAAAAGAGGGCAGCGCAGAGAGAAACUGGUACCGGCUGAGCUUCACGUACAACAUGGAGAUGCACAAGGUGUACCGCUUCUACAUCCCCGCGGCGCUGCGGUACCGCGACGAGCACAAGAUCCUGCACUUCAUCGGCAAGGACAAGCCGUGGCACUUUGACGAGGGGAGGGUCGAGAUGGAGGAGGACGCGGGGCCGUACCAGCACUUUUACGCGGACAUGGUCGGGAAGUGGUGGGAUACGAGGAGGUCCAUCCAAGCUGCCAUUUGA